AUGGGAGGGAAACUACGGUUAUGUGUCGACUACCGUGGGUUGAAUAAGGUGACCAAGAAGAACCGAGCGGCUUUGCCAUUGAUCUCGGGGAUCUUGGACCGACUGGGGGACGAGUGGAAAACAGCAUUUAGGUGCCACUAUGGCCAUUACGAAUACCAGCAAUACAUCAACGAUGCACUGGAAGGCCUGGUUGACAUCAUCUGUGUUGUCUACUUGGACGACAUCCUCAUCUUCAGUGAAGACCCGGAACAGCAUGAAGGUCAUGUCAAGGACGUCCUGCAAAGGUUGCGAAAAGCCGGACUUUACGCCAAUCUGAAAGGAAUCCACAUGGAAGAAGAACGGAACUACAGCAAGAUCGUGUCUCCGCUCACCGAUCGUCUCCGCAAGGAUCUCAAGACGGCCUUCACACGUGGGCCUGUUCUCAGACACUUCGAUCCUUCCAAGGCAAUACGAAUCGAAACGGAUGCGUCUCAGUUCGCUAUCGGAGCAAUAAUCUCUCAACUGCACACCGAUCGAUGGCACCCCGUAGCGUUCCUUUCGCGGAAGCUUCAGGACGCAGAGACAAGAUACGCAAUCCCGGACUGCGAACUGCUAGCUAUCACAGAAGCUUUCCGCUAUUGGCGCCACUACCUUGCCUAUACGGAGCAGAAGAUCACCGUUUUGACGGACCACCUGAACCAUAAGUACUUUAUGUCCAAAACUAAGCUGACCAAUCGACAGAUGAAUGCACUGGACCAGUUGUGCAGCUUUGACUUUGAGAUCCUUUACCGACCGGGCUUGAAGAAUCCUGCGGAUGGAUUAUCAAGACGGCCGGACCACGAGAGGGUGAUGAGAACGGCCGGGCUGCGAGAUCCGCGUGUUGCACGAGUCUUGAGGACGUCGAGGACGACAUUUCAGGAGGAGGGCACCGCUGUAACGGCACCAGCGUUACAGGAGUCACUCCAAGAGGCCCUGCUGGCGGCACAGCAAGGGGACGCCUUUGUUGUCCAGCAGAAGCAGCUUGUUAGUGUCCCUGACAGCGCUACCGCCGGUGGGCUCUCGUCAGAAGUCUGGAGCACCAAUGACGAGGGGCUGUUGUGUUACCGCGAGAAGAUCUUCGUGCCUGUGGGCUUGAGAAACGAGAUCAGGGUGGUUUUCCAUAUCUAA